AGUAGCCAGCGAUGUGGAGCAACAGGGGGCUGACGCCUUUGAUCCUGAGGAGUACCAGUUCACCUGCUUGACCUACAAGGAGUCUGAGGGUGCCCUCAAUGAACACAUGACCAGCCUAGCCUCCGUCCUAAAGGCCGUUGAUGCUCUCUGCCAUCAGCCGCAUCCUCCCUAAGGCACUGGUAUCUCAUUCAGUUGCAAAACUUAUAUUAGUUAAUUUCCACUGGCAAGUUUCAGAGAUAUUGGACAGAUUCAAGUCCAAUUCUGCUCAACUGCUCGUUGAGGCUCGAGUUCAGCCUAACCCAUCAAAACAUGUCCCCGCAGCUCAUGCCCCUCACCACUGCGCAGUGUGUAUGCAGUUUGUACGGAAGGAAAACCUCCUCUCCCUGGCUUGUCAGCAUCAGUUCUGCCGCAGCUGCUGGGAGCAGCACUGCUCAGUUCUUGUCAAAGAUGGCGUGGGUGUAGGAGUCUCUUGUAUGGCUCAGGAUUGUCCCCUCCGUACACCAGAAGACUUUGUGUUUCCGUUACUUCCCAAUGAAGAAUUGAGAGACAAAUACAGGCGCUACCUCUUCAGGGACUAUGUGGAGAGUCAUUACCAGCUCCAGCUGUGCCCUGGUGCCGACUGCCCCAUGGUCAUCCGGGUACAGGAACCUAGAGCUCGUCGAGUGCAGUGCAAUCGGUGCAACGAGGUCUUCUGUUUCAAGUGUCGUCAGAUGUAUCAUGCCCCCACAGACUGCGCUACAAUCCGCAAAUGGCUCACGAAGUGUGCAGACGACUCGGAAACAGCCAACUACAUUAGUGCUCACACGAAAGACUGUCCCAAGUGUAACAUCUGCAUCGAGAAGAAUGGAGGAUGCAAUCACAUGCAAUGCUCCAAGUGUAAACAUGACUUCUGCUGGAUGUGUCUAGGGGACUGGAAGACACAUGGCAGCGAGUACUAUGAGUGCAGUCGGUACAAGGAGAAUCCUGACAUUGUCAACCAGAGCCAGCAAGCCCAAGCCAGGGAAGCCCUCAAGAAGUACUUGUUCUACUUUGAGAGGUGGGAAAACCACAAUAAAAGCUUGCAACUAGAGGCCCAGACAUACCAGCGGAUUCAUGAGAAGAUUCAGGAAAGGGUCAUGAACAAUCUGGGAACUUGGAUCGACUGGCAGUACCUACAAAAUGCUGCCAAGCUCUUGGCCAAGUGUCGUUACACCCUGCAAUACACCUACCCCUAUGCAUACUACAUGGAAUCUGGCCCAAGGAAGAAGCUGUUCGAAUACCAGCAGGCUCAGCUGGAGGCUGAGAUCGAAAACCUGUCAUGGAAAGUGGAGCGUGCCGACAGCUACGACCGAGGAGACCUCGAAAACCAGAUGCACAUAGCAGAGCAGCGGAGGAGAACCCUGCUGAAGGAUUUCCAUGACACCUAAGUUGGGCACAACCUGCCGGGGUGAGGAAGAUGUCGGUGUGAGGUCUCCCGGCCGCCAUACUGCAUGCCGCAGGCUCUGCCUCUCCACCACCCCAGGAAGACAGAACAGCCAGGGCCCCCCACUCCUGAGAGACACUGGCGUCCACACCUCUUUUUGAGUCAAUUUUGUUUUCUCAUCUUUUUGCUUUUAGUUUUUAUGAGGGUUGAGGUCAUGUUGACUUUGCCUCUUUUUUUUUUUUUUUCCAGGACUUUUCAGAUUCCCCCUGGAUGAUUUUUGGGAGGGAGGGAAUGUUUUCUGAAUGGCUAUUCCUAGUAUUAGAUCAUUACAACUUAUGUAAUUUUUAAAGGUUGUACAAUUACACACACACACACACACACACACACACACAAAGGCAAAGCAUAGGAUAACAGAGCCCUUUUGAAAAAUAAAUGAAAUUGGCAUUGGAGUGUUUUACCCUCUAGCUAUUUUCCUUAGAACGUAAUAUAUACUGCCCACCCAGCUUGCCUCAGAAUGUCUGGCCAGCAUUUGGCCACAACCUUUCACCCAUGGGGUCCCAUGCUGGAAGUUGUAUGGAAACCCAUGGGUUGGCCUAGUGAGGAACUGUAAAGAGGCGUGAAGCCUGGAGUCCCAUUGUGCUGCCCGCCUUAACCCCGGGCAGCGAGGACAAGAUACAGAACAGGAUUUUCUUCUGUGGGCUCCUCUCCAUUCUUAGCAAGUGAGUCUGACUGCGGCCCUAAGCCGUGACCGAAGCAAAAUGAGCUUUGUGGUUCUCCUCACGGUAGGGGACCAUGGGUCCAGCAAGGUGCUUCGUUUUGUCUUGGAAUGAUGACAAGAUCCACUCUGGCAGUGAGUGGUUAGCCCAAAGGAAAUGGGCUUGACCUGGGGAUCCCCCCUUCCCUUCUCCUUUUGUGCCAGUAUUCAAAGGGGUAGAAAUCUGACCAGGGUAACUUUCUUCUCCCUCAUAUAAGGGUCAGAGUGCAGCAUUGGCCUUCUUGGCUCAAGGGCUAGUAGCCCAAGUUGUUUUCAUGUUUCUAGGAGCUGGGGUGGCGGUGUGUCCUCCCUUACCUGGUUCCAGCCUUUAGGGUCUGGGAGUCUUAAGAUCAGGAGAGUCCUUGUUUUGUGAUUUCCAGGUCCUCUUCCUCAAAGGAGCUAGCCGGAGGAAAGGACCAGCUUGUAUACAGG